GGAGGAGUCUGUGAACACUAAGAACCUGCGCCUGCCUCCUCAUCAUGUGUGCUGCCGAAGUGGACCGCCACGUAGCCCAGAGAUACCUGAUCAAGCGGAGGCUUGGGAAGGGGGUGAGUUCAGGGACGCCCCGUCAUCCGAGGAGCACUGCAGUCACCUGGGGGUCUGCUCAGCUCAGCCCCCCCCCCCCAAAGUCUAGUUCUUCCGACAGCUGGCUCCUGGGCUCGCGUCUUGCUUCCUCCGAGGCUCCUGUACCUCAUAAGGAAACUGGGCAGCACUCAGGGACUUCGCCCUGGAAGGCAGGUGACUGCCAGGGCCCCCAGGCUUCAGGAGGAGUGGCAUUGGUGCUCCACCCACUCCCCCUACCUUUUUUUGAGUUCUCAUAGGUUGUUCUGGGGAAGCCUGGCCCAUUUCAGUUUCUGAGGGGAAGGGCUGCUCCCAGCAUGGCUCAGUGGCACACAAACCCGGCUCAGAGCAGGAACUGUGUGUGAGUUCGGGUGUAUUCGUGAUUGUCAUUGGGUCUGAGCAUAUGGGGCUGUAUGUGUGAAUGUGUGUGUUUCUGUGGGUGUGUUCUGUGUACAUUGGAGAGGAAUGAGCAAACAGCCAUCGCCAAGGCCCUGAAAGCAAAGCUCUGCUUGGCUCUUGGAAACACUACAUUUCUAUGCAUGGAACCAAGGAGGAGAUGUCGACUCUGGUGAGGCUUGGUGGUGGUGAUGGGUGGGGAGUGGCAGAGAGAGAUAGCCAACCCACAAGAGAUGCUGGAAGCAUGGGCCAGUGCACAGCAGAGAUGGAAGGGAAGGAAGUCUUCAAGCCCUGGAUACAUUCUGAAGGUUAAGUCAGUAGGAUUUGCUAAGCAGAUGGCAUGUGGGGGAGGGGGGUGGUAGAGAAAGAGAGUCAGAAUGUGCUGGAGGGGUUAAAGGUCAUUCCAGAGACAGCCGGCUUCAGGUCCUGCCCAGUAGUACCAGCUUGUGGCUUCGUGUCCUGGUAGGGCCCUCUCCAGUUCUCCCCGUUUCUCACCCUCUCCAGAAGAUGCUACCCUCAUUGGCUCCGCCACUCCAGGACUUGCCACACUCUGACCCGUCCCAGGAUCCAGAGCUGGCUGGGACAGCCUGGCUGGCUGGUGUGUGUGUAUGUGUGCGUGUAGCAGGACACGACACCCCUGUGUUCAGCGAGCUAACCAUGUGUUCCCCCAGGCCUAUGGCAUUGUGUGGAAGGCAGUGGAUCGGAGGACUGGUGAUGUAGUGGCCAUCAAGAAAAUCUUUGAUGCUUUCAGGGACCAGACAGAUGCUCAGAGAACCUUCAGGGAAGUCAUGCUUCUCCAGGAGUUUGGGAACCAUCCCAACAUCAUCCGCCUACUUGAUGUGAUCCCAGCCCAGAAUGACAGGGAUAUUUACCUGGUGUUUGAGUCCAUGGACACCGACCUGAAUGCAGUCAUCCAGAAGGGCAAACUCCUGGAGGACAUCCACAAGCGUUGCAUCUUUUACCAGCUCCUGAGGGCCACCAAGUUUAUCCACUCAGGGCGUGUCAUCCACCGGGACCAGAAGCCAGCCAACGUUCUUCUGGAUGCCGCUUGCCGGGUGAAACUCUGUGACUUUGGCCUGGCACGCUCCCUGAGUGACCUCCCUGAGGGGCCUGAGGGCCAGGCCCUGACAGAGUACGUGGCCACACGCUGGUACCGAGCUCCAGAGGUUCUUCUCUCCUCCCGAUGGUAUACCCCUGGGGUGGACAUGUGGAGCCUGGGCUGCAUAUUAGGAGAGAUGCUUCGGGGGCAGCCACUGUUUCCUGGCACAUCUACUUUCCACCAGCUGGAGCUGAUCCUGGAGACCAUUCCGUUGCCCUCCAUGGAGGAGCUCCAGGGCCUUGGCUCAGACUACAGUGCUUUGAUUCUGCAGAACCUUGGGUCCAAGCCACGGCAGACGCUGGACGCCCUCCUGCCGCCAGACACCCCCCCAGAAGCCCUGGACCUCCUCAAGCGACUCUUGGCAUUUGCUCCGGACAAGAGGCUUAGUGCUGAGCAGGCACUGCAACACCCCUACGUGCAGAGAUUCCAUUGCCCCGACCGCGAGUGGACACGGGGAUCCGACGUGCGGCUCCCGGUGCACGAAAGAGACCAGCUCUCUGCCCCAGAGUAUCGCAACCGCCUGUACCAGAUGAUCCUGGAGCGGAGGGGGAACAGCCGCAGCCCUCGAGAGGAAGGCCUCGGGGGUGCGGCCUCGCGGGCCGAGCUCAGGGUGUCCACCGCCCGGGCUCCAUCGCUCAAGCCCGGAGUCCUCCCCCAGGUCCCCGCGGAGGCGCCUGCACGGAAACGCGGACCCAGACCUCAGAGUAGCCCUGGUGACAACCCUGAGCACGUGGAAGUUCCCAGGCAGAGUUCAGACCCCCUGUUCCAACUUCCGCCGCCAAGCAGGGGGGAAAGGCCACCAGGGGCCACAGCGGAGCCACCCUCGGCACCCUCUGGGGUGAAGACAAACCUUAGGGUGGUGGCGCCCUCCCUGACUUCACAGGCCGCGGCUCAGGCGGCCAAUCAGGCUCUGAUCCGCAGUGACCCGGCCCGGGGCGGUGGGCCGAGGGCGGCCGGCGCGCGACGGGUGAGCCCGGCCCUUCCCAGCUCCCUCCAGUGCGGUUCGUACCCCCUAGAGCCCUGCUCCACUCCUCUCCCUCCUGAACAAGACCCUCGCCUGCGUGCAGGUCCCUUCCCGCCUGCCCCGGGAGGCCCCGGAACCCCGACCCGGCCGAAGGAUGUUUGGCACCUCGGCCUCGCAGGGGGCCCAGGGCGCAGCCAGAGCUGCGCUUGGCGGCUACUCCCAGGCCUAUGGGACCGUGUGCCGCUCGGCGCUGGGCCGCCUGCCCCUGCUCCCCGGACCGCGUGCGUGAGCCGCCCACCCGCCUCCUCGCGGCAACCUGGCGCUGUUCCCCAGCCCCCAGCGCAUCUCCCUCCUCUGUCCAUAUGCAUUCGAGUUCCGGGAGGGUUCUCUGAGCCUCUCUCCCCUAAGGGGGAGUAGAUGGCGGUUUCCGCCCCACCCCCAACAAGUUC